GCUAUGGUAUAUGUUUGUUAACCAAUCAGAUGAACUACACAACAAAAAUUCAAAAUCAAAUUAGAUUUGGCCAUAUGUAGCCAGUCCAUUUGUUGUCAUGGUUACUCAUGAUGUCACUUCUUUUGUCCCAGAUGACUCAGAACAUGUUUCAGGAGGGGCUGCAUCAGGUGUUUUUUAAGGAACGCCCUUUGCCCCGCACUCUUCUAGCUGAUGACUCCGCAACUGGAGAGCUGAUGGAAGACAGACUGGUCCGCUGGUUUGGGACAGUGGUCAACACCCGCCUCCUCCUGUCUGGGGUUGUUCAGAUUUUCAGUGCUGCCUUCUGUAUUCUCUCCACUUUCUCUUAUUCUUGUUUGACUUUCAGCUGUUCUGCAUCUAUGACAGCUCCAAUAUGGUGUAGCCUGUUUUAUCUAGCCACGGGGUCACUUGCAAUUGACGUCCAAAGGAAACCCAAAAAAAUCAAAGUCAUGACUCUGAUGGGCCUGAAUAUCUUCAGCAUACUGUUUGCAGUUUGUUCUUGUGUCACCUUUUUUAUCAAAUCCUCACAAAUGGAAAAAGCCACCCCUCCGCAGCGCAUUGGUGUGCAUGUGCUAAAGGGCAGUGGUUUCAUGUCCAUCCUCCAGUGUAUGUUAGCAGCCAUAUACAUGCUCUUUCUGAUUUGGAGAGGUAUGAAGUCCUACAGGACCCUCUACAGACAGGACUACAUCACCAUAAUCCAGAACUCAGAUGAACAUGCAGAUCCACUGCUGGAAAAUGAACAGUUCAGCCUUUGAACGGUCGGUGUGUGAAAUCAGGAAACUUAUGCAAACAAAUAUAUGGCUUAUUUUAUUUUAU